AAAAAUUGUCUUUUAAUUUAACGUAAUGAAAAUACUUUUGACUUAACAUCAACAAGCUUCCUUGAUAAGUACUAUAUAGUGAUUAAAAAUAGGCCUAAUGCCAACAUUUUCAAAAUUUUGGUUCACCAAUUUUGACAAGCAAUAAAAUAUGGCAAAGAAAAGUACAGCACAAUACAGAUAUCUCAAUUGGGAAGCUUCUGAUGGUAAAAAUAAAUAAAGGGUGAAAGGAUUUAAUAUGCAGAAGAAUUUGACUAAUAGAACUCAUAUGAAGAUUAAAAUGAAUAGCGUCAUUGAAUAGUUAAGCUGAAUCAAUACUAACAUCUUGUAUCAGAUUGAAUGUGUAACAAGUUUUCAAGUUCAGAUAUGGCAGGACACUUCGUACUUUUAUUGUUUCGACUCUCUUUGAUUUUACCUUUCAUUGUUCAUGCUCAGGACAACCAAUCAGGUUUGGAAGUCUCAUCUCAUAGCAUUAGCAUUAGUAUGAAAUCACAUGUAAUUUGUGAGAUACGGAUAAUCAUGCUUCGUGUUCUUAGAACUUUGUUUUACCCUUUUGCAGGAUUCGUUAGUAUUGACUGUGGACUAGUGGAUGAACCAAGCUACAGAGAUGAAACUACUUCCAUCUAUUACACUUGGGAUGUUAAUUUCACAGAUACUGGUGUAAGCCGCAGCAUAUCGUCUAAACACAAGGCUUCCCUUGAAAGACAGUUCUGGAAUGUUAGAAGCUUCCCAGAAGGAACCAGGAAUUGCUACACCCUUUUUGUUUCACAAGGAAGUAGCAAGAAAUACUUAGUCAGGGCCAGUUUUGCGUAUGGUAAUUAUGAUGGAAAAGUCUCUCUUCCUGAAUUUGAUAUUUACCUUGGAGCCAAACGGUGGGAAUCCGUGGUGUUCGAGGAUUCAUUGAGUGUAAUAACUAAGGAAAUAAUUUAUGCUGCUUCCUCGGAUUAUGUUCAUGUUUGUUUGUUCAAUACUGGAAAGGGUACACCUUUUAUUUCAGUUUUAGAGGUUAGAGUUCUUAACAGUGAUGCUUAUCUUGUUAACUCUUUGGAGCUUUUGGCAAGAUUUGAUGUAGGCUCACAGGGUGGUUCAAAAAUCAGAUAUCCAGAUGAUAUUUAUGACAGAAUAUGGACACCAUAUAACUCAAUUGACUGGAAAAAGAUACAUACUUCGCUCACCGUACACCCACCUUCGUUCAAUUUCUUACCGCUACCACCCUCCGCUGUCAUGAGAACAACAUCAGUUCCAGAAAAUGACAGCGACAAUGUAGAGUUUUACUUCCUUCCCAAGUAUAAUGCUUCCAGAUAUUACGUGUAUUUGUACUUCGCUGAAAUCCAGAAACUCAAGGAAAAUCAAAUUAGAGAGUUCAACAUUUUUGUAAAUGGGAAGCUUUUAAAUAAUGAUCCAGUCAACCCUUUGUACCUGCAGAGCAUGUAUUAUGUAUCAGUUAUAAGUGAAAAUAAGUUGGAACUUUGGUUUAAUAAGACUAGUAGAUCAACUCUUCCACCACUCUUUAAUGCGAUCGAGAUAUACAUGACAAAGGACUUCUUACAAUCAGAAACAUAUCAAACAGACGUUGAUGCUAUCCUCAAUGUGAAGUCAAUUUAUGAUAUCAAGAGAAACUGGAAGGGAGAUCCUUGUGCUCCUGUGUCUUUUUUGUGGGAUGGUCUAAACUGCAGCUAUGUUGGAUCUAAUUCACCAAGGAUCAUAUACUUGAACUUAACUUCUAGCGGCUUAAUUGGAACUAUAGCUCCUGCCAUAUCCAAUCUAAAGUCAAUAGAAUAUUUGGACUUGUCAAAUAACAGCUUGACUGGGGCUGUGCCUGAUUUCCUAUCUCAGCUGCGCUUCUUGCGAGUUUUAAAUCUGGAAGGAAAUAAGCUAUCAGGAGCAAUUCCAGUAGAACUUCUUGUGCAUCCAAAGAAUAGUGUGCUCAAAUUCAAUUUUGGUGGAAAUCCAAAUCUUUGCUCCUCAGGUUCAUGCAACAAGAGGAAUGGAAAUAAUGUUGUGGUUCCAUUAGUAGCAUCACUCGGAGGUGCUUUCGUGAUACUAGCAGUAGCAAUGAUUUGUUUUCGCAUAUACUACAAGAGACACCAAACUUCCCAUUUGCUGAGCAAGGUGGGUGCUUAUUCAAGAAUAAAGCGGGAACUAGAGUCAAAGAAACAAGAGUUCACCUAUGAAGAAGUAUUAAACAUUACCAGAAACUUUGAAAAGGUUGUCGGAAAAGGAGCAUCUGGAACAGUCUACCAUGGCUGGAUUGAUGAUGAUACUGAGGUAGCUGUCAAAAUGCUAUCUUCCUCAUCAGCUCAAGCAUAUCUGCAAUUUCAAGCAGAGGCCAAACUUUCUGCUAUAGUUCAUCAUAAAUACUUGACUGGUCUUAUAGGGUAUUGUGAUGAUGGCACCAACGUGGCUCUAAUCUAUGAGUACAUGGCUAAUGGAGACUUAGCCAACCACUUGUCAGAUAAAACCGAAAAUAUAUUGAGUUGGAAUCAGCGACUUCAAAUUGCAGUAGAUGCUGCAGAAGGAUUGGAGUAUCUGCAUCAUGGCUGCAAUCCACCAAUUGUUCACAGAGAUGUUAAAUCUAAAAACAUCUUGCUUAAUGAAAAACUCCAGGGUAAAUUAGCUGAUUUCGGGUUGUCGAAGAUUUUUCCUAAUGAAGGUGACACUCAUGUCUUCACGGUUGUUGCUGGCACGCCAGGAUACCUUGAUCCAGAGUACAAUAGACUAAACAAGCUGAGAGAAAAAAGUGAUGUUUUCAGUUUCGGGGUAGUUUUGCUUGAGAUAAUUACAGGACAACCUGCCAUAACCAAAACUGAAGAGAAAAUCCAUAUUAUUCAAUGGGUUGGUUCAUUGCUGGUGGAAAGAGAGGUAAAGGAUAUUGUAGAUUCUAGAUUACAAGGAGAAUUUGAUAUUUCCUCUGCAAAGAAAGUUUUGGAUAUUGCAAUGGCUUGUGUUGCACCAACUUCUAUCAAUAGGCCAAUGAUGAAGCAUGUAGUUAUGGAACUGAAACAAUGUUUGGAAAACAAGAUUACUCGUCCGUGUGAUUCAAAUUAUACUCAUGAGAAUGAGACCUUAUCCAGCACCUUAAAUUCUGUUUCCUUUGAUAGAAUUAGUGGUGAGAGCUCUCUAGCGAGGUAAUAAUUUAAUUAGGACUAGAAUGAGACACGCGUAUUUGUGCAAGUUAAAGAAUUUUUUUGUAUGUUAUUAUAUAAAGAACUUGAAAUUGCAAAUAAAUAAAAUUAUCAAAGCUCGGAAAACAAAAAAUAACUAUGAGGAAUUUAACCUGGU